AUGAGAGCCUUCCUGUCCACCGCCGCCGGCCCCAGAAGCUUGUGGUUCCGCAGUACCCUCUCUUCCCCCGCUCACCGGCCGACUCCUCAGCCUCCGGCGGUCGGAGAUUGCCGGGGAUUGCUGGAGUUUUAUCUCCGGCAAUGCGACGAUCCCCUGCUGGGCUCUAUUCUCCACGCGAGGGUGGUGACCUGCGGGCUACAGAAAGACUCCUUCCUCUCCACCAAGCUCAUCAGUCUCUACUCCCUCAGCGGCAACACGUCGGGGGCGGAGGCGAUCCUCGAAGGGUUCCAGGAACCCAACGCCUUCCUCCUCAACGCGACAAUCAGAGGGCUCACCUGCAAUGGCCUGCACCAGCGAGCCGUUGCCCUCUUCUGCAGGAAGAGCAGGGGGGAAAUCUUGGCGCCCAACUCGUCCACCUUCUCGUGCAUGGCGAAGGCCUUGCCGGACCUUCGUCGGGGAAGGCAGCUGCACGCGCUCUCGGUGACCUCCGGGCUGGGGUCGGACGUCUUCGUCUGCAACUCCCUCGUCGGCAUGUACGCCAAGUGCGACAGCCUCUCCGAUGGGGUCCAACUGUUCGAGAGAAUGCCUCAACAGGACGUCGUCUCCUGGAACUCCAUCAUCUCCGCUUACGCAAACCGGGGGCUGCACCAGGAGGCGCUGCUGAAGGUCAGAGAAAUGGUCGGCCAUGGCGUGCUGCGGCCCGACCAGGUGACCCUCGCGAGCGCCCUCACUGCGUGCUCAUCCACCGAGACCGUCAGGGAAGCCCACGGCUAUAUCGUGAGGAGCGACUUGCAGUCCUGCUCCACUGUGCAGAACGCUCUCAUCUCCGCCUACGGCCGGUGCGGUGAAAUCCGGCAAGCUGGGCUCAUUUUCCGUAGCUCCGUCCUCCUCGACGGGGUCUCCUGGAACGCCCUGAUCUCCUGCUACGCCAGGAACAGCCUCUUCGAGGAGAGCUUCCGCCUUCUCCAGGAGAUGGGAGCCCGAGGAUUGCGCGCAGACGUGAUCACCUACAGCGGGAUCAUCUCCUCGCUGGCUCAGGCUGGCAGGCCCAAAGAGGCCGUGGGAGUACUCCGACAGCUUCUGAGCGCAGGGUUGGCACCAGACGCCAUAGCCACGGCCAGCGUCCUCCCGGCGGUCGCCGACCUCCGCUGGGCGGGCCACUGCAGGGAAAUCCACGGCGUCUCCUUCCGGCGAGGAACUGGGUCCGACCGACGGGUGGCGAAUGCUCUCGUCUCGGCGUACGGCAAGUGCGGCAUGGUUGGCGGCGCGUGGCACAUCUUCGAGACUAUGGAGGGGAAGGACGUAAUCUCCUGGAGUUCCAUGGUCGCGGGUUUCGGCCAGAACGGGCACUGCCGGGAAGCGCUGGAGCUCUUCAGUAGGAUGAUCAUGGCGGAGGUGGAGCUCAACCCCAUCAGCAUCACCAGCGUCCUCGCGGCCUGCGCGGGCGUGUCGGGGCUCAGACAGGGGAGAGAGGUCCAUCACUGGGCGGCCAAGAGAGGGUUGGACGAGCAGACCUUCGUGGGCAGCGCCCUCAUCGACAUGUACGCCAAAUGUGGGCGGAUAAGGGACGCACGGAAGGUGUUCGACCAAAUGCCAGAGAAGAAUCUGGUCACCUGGAACGCCAUGAUCGGUGGGUACGCCUUCCAUGGGCUUGGAGAGGAGGCCCUCGAGAUCUUCCGGGGAAUGGAGGAGCCCGACGAGGUCAGCUUCAUCGCCGCCCUAUCGGCCUGCAGCCAUGGGGGCCUGGUGGAGCAAGGGGUGGAGAUCUUCGACAGCAUGGAGAGGUUCCACGUCAGCCCUAGAGAGGGGCACUACGCCUGCAUGGUGGAUAUCCUGGGAAGAUCAGGGAGGCUGGAGAGAGCCAUGGAGCUGGUGCGGACGCUGCCCAUGGAGCCCAGCGCCGCCGUCUGGGGAUCUCUGCUUGGGGCCUGCAGAAUCCACUGCAAUCUUGACUUGGGCAUCUUCUCUGGAGCUCAGAUUAUCGGGCAUGGCGGAGACCAGGGGGGCUCGGGUUACUACGUGAUGGUCUCUAAUAUGCUGGCGGAGUUUGGGAGAUGGAGGGAGGUGGAGUCAACGAGGCAGCUGAUGAGCGAGAGAGGGGUGAAAAAAGGGGCAGGCUGCAGCUGGAUAGAAGUCAACAAGCAGGUGCACUCCUUUGUGGCAAAGGACAGAGAGCAGCACCCUGAGUGGGGGAGCUUGUUCAGACUGCUCGUCUUCCUGAGUGAACAGAUGAAAUGUAUGUAG